UAGGGCUGCAGUGAUUGAAACGCAGUUGGCGCAGCCUCAUCCAGUCGGAGAUUCAGCUGGCGAAGCAGGGAGGGAGGGAUCUCUCUUGCCCGUACCUUGGCAGAGAAAAAAAGGAGUGGACAGUUGGUGGUUGGCGCCGAUCAAUUUCAAGAAGACCGGCGAGGACGAACAUUAGGACGGUUCUCGAAAUGAAGGUGUCGUUCCCGUCCUUCUCCCCAAUGGGGGCGAUGGCGGCGCUGCUGCUGUUGGUGACGAUGCUCCAGCUGGCCGUGCAUGGACAGGCUGAAGCUCCGCCGGCAAAUACCGUCAGCAUCGAAGGCUUCUCUUAUAACGGAGAUGGUUGUCCCUCCGGAUCUGCGGAAGGUUCCAUCUCCAGCGACGGCCAGGCGCUGACGGUGAUGUUCAGCAAGUACACUGCAACCACCGAGGGGCGCAUCCAGAAGCAGAUGCGGAAGAGCUGUGUCGUGACCGUCAAGCUUAACUAUCCUCCUGGCUUCGUCUUUACCCUAGGGACGGUGACCAUGCGCGGGUACGGUAAGUUGGACGCCGGCAUCAAGGGCACCAUCAAGACGAGCUACUACAUUUCCGGCCUGCCAGGGACGGCCUCCGCCACGCACAACUUCAACGGCCCGUUCGACGACAACUACGAGGUGGCCGACGAGUUCAUCGCGGCCGUUGAAAGCACUUGCAACGUGGUAAGGAACCUUCAGCUCAACUCGGAGGUCCGAGUGAAUCCCGGAAAGAUCCCGCUGCCGAGUAACGGACUGCUCACUAUGGACUCGCAAGAUCUCAAGCUCACGCAAAAGUUCUACUUCAAGUGGCGGAGGUGCUGAGCGGAGCGGUGGCACAACUUAGACAACUAGGGGCCGGAAGGAAGAAAGGCAAGGGGGAGAGGUAGGAAGAGGGAGGGAGGGGCAAUCUGGGGAAGGGAGAGAUGGGGCCAAGAUGUGGAGUCAAGCUAGCGGAUUAACACACUGGUAGAUUGGAGCUCCUUGUGAGAGCGUCGUAGAUACACCGCUAUACUACAUACAAGUCUGUUUCCGUUAAGUUUGGAGGUCUGUAAGUUGUGACGAAAGCUGAACUUCUUUCACUCUGUAGCCGGUAGAACGGUCGUGAUCCGGACGGGAUUGCUAGUGGAAUGACCUCAGCUGUAAUUCUUCGCAAAGAGGAGAUGACUUCAAUAUCCGCAAAGGGCCAACAUGUGUCGCCUGCUUUGCUGUUUAUGCUGUAGAUAUGUUUUGCUCAGAUCUUUGCACCGGGUGAGAUGAAACUUAAGCGGAAAAUC